CCGAGAGUACCACGACGUUUUCCCAUCGUCGUUCUCGUACGCCGGCAUCCCACCGAUGCGUGACGUCGAGCACUCCAUUCAGCUUGUGCCUGACUAUCGUGUUCACCACCAGACACCCUACAGACUCUCGAUUCCCGAGCCCACCGAACUCAACCGUCAGCUUGAGGAGCUCUUGAGACUGGGUUUCAUUAAACCCAGCAACUCCCCGUGGGGUGCACCCGUCCUCUUUGCUCGCAAAGCGGACGAAACUCUCCGUUUCUGCAUCGACUAUCGCGGUCUCAACCGCUACACAGUUAAGAACAGCUACCCCAUGCCUCGUUCCAAUGAGCUGUUCGACCGCCUAGCAAGCAACCGCUUCUUUACGAAGAUUGAUCUUCGUAGCGGUUACCAUCAGAUCCGCGUCGCUGCAGCCGACCAGCCGAAGACAGCAUUCCGAUCGCGUUUCGGCCACUACGAAUCUACGGUGAUGCCAUUCGGCCUCACUAACGCUCCCGAUACCUUUCAAAGGGCGAUGAACGACAUCUUCAGGGACAUCUUGGAGCAGUACGUUCUCGUCUAUCUCGACGAGAUCCUGGUCUACAGUCGUACCCUUGAGGAACACCUCCGACAUCUCCGUGACGUCCUUGACCGCUUGCGCGGACAUGGCUUCUACGCCAAACUGAGCAAGUGCCGCUUUGCCCAACACAAAGUGGAUUUCUUAGGACACUACGUGUCUGACCAGGGUCUCCACAUGGACGACGCGAAGAUCACUGCUAUUGCGGAGUGGUCCGCUCCCACAUCCGCCAAGCAGCUUCGCAGUUUCCUAGGCCUGACCAGCUACUACAGUAACUUCAUCCGGGGAUACGCUAGGUAUUCCUACGUCCUUACCUCCACCCUCCUCCGGAAGAACCCACCCUGGGCUUGGACACCCCUCCACGAGGACGCCUUCCGCGCCCUCAAGAAGGGGAUGACAUGCGCACCGGUUCUUCACCUACCUGAUUUUGACCGCCCUUUUAUCCUUACCACCGAUGCGUCAGACUUCACUGUAGGAGCAGUGCUCUCUCAGGUCUUCCCCUCCUCUCGUGAUUCCUCUCAUCCUCGUAUCCCUCGCUUCCCACCACCUACCCGUACCACUGCUUCCCGACUGACGCCUACUCGUCCAACUACUGACGAGCCUUCUAUUGACUAUUCUCCUACCAUCGUCGAGGACGGCACUGUCGAGUCUCGCUCAGGUGAUUGUCCAAUAGCCUUCUACUCCCGUCAGCUCCUGCCCGUCGAGAUAAACCACACUGCUGAUGAACGUGAGCUACGUGUCCGAGUAGUAGCAGAGUUUCAUGACCAGGCAGCUGCCGGUCAUAUGGGCUUCCACAAGACGUUGGCUCGUGUGAGCCGCCUGUACGUCUGGCCGAAGCGCAAGGACUUUGUGAAGGAUUACGUCACAGAGUGUCCCACCUGUAAGGAGGUGAACAGUGCGAACCACCUGCCUUAUGGUUUGCUCCAGCCUCUUCCUAUCCCUGAGGGUCGUUGGCAGUCCAUCUCGAUGGACUUCAUCGGUCCUCUUCGUUCUCCGACCCCUCGCGGUCAUGAUGCUAUCCUGGUCGUCGUCGUCCACUUCACGAAGCGUGCACGCUUUGUUCUGUGCUGCUAUGCCAUCAGUGCACGUGAGGUCGUCGACAUCGUGUUUGACCGAGUCGUGCGUGACCACGGCUUACCUCUGAGCAUCAUAUCUGAUUGUGACCCGCGCUUUACCAGCCGAUUCUGGCGACGGCUCCACGAGGUAUACGGCACUCAGCUCCGCUUCUCCUCGUCUUACCAUCCUCAGAUUGAUGGUCAGACCGAGAUCACGAACAGGACUCUCGGAGAUAUUCUUCGAAAGAUUGUUCGUGACAACCAGCAGUGGGAUCUUCAUCUUGCCCAYGCGGAGAUAGCCUACAACCACGCCGUCUCGCCAGCCACGGGGAUGUCGCCUUACUAUUGCGACCUCGGCUGGACGAUUGGGUUGCACACAUGACGUCGAUCAUGAAGACCGCACGUGAGCACAUAGCCGCUUCCGAGACUCGC